CUUCAUUCACGCUCUCUCACACGAACGGAGCUCUAGUAGGGGGCGCUAGGCACUGACAGGGGAGAUUUAUUUUUAACAUAUAUUUUAACUUACAAAACACAAGGACACCGGAGCCGAGUCAGCGCCGGUCACGCACAAGAGCACGUUAUCGACACGCAACCCGGGGGAGCGCUAAGAGCAGAGCGCGCGAGUGGAUAGAUUCCAGGAAAACGGAGAGAAAACCUGGAUAUUAAACCGGGCAGAAACGAGCACAUAAAACUUAAUAGCAGCACUCGUGAGGCUUAAUGAGGCGUCACUGAUCUGGCAGUCGGGAAAGCAGGGUCGUGUGUGCAUUCGAUUUAUGUGUAAAGAAUGGUAUGGUACAGAGAAUACAUAAGGUUUGCAAAUACUAGCACAGCAACCGUGGACUCGAUGAGUGUCAUAUGCUUUAGAAAAUAGUUUUUCGAGUUGAAUUGCACGAAAAUAAUAGUAAUAACUAUUGCAUUACUAGUGUUAUUAAAAACAAACAAAGGAAACGGAUUGUGGGUGUGCGUUACUGUAAUGUAAUGGAAUUAUACUAGACUGCUGUACAUAUACCUUUUUAUUGGAGAUGUGUCGUUUAGGAAGUGUUCUUUAAUUGAACAAUUACUGUACGUUGGCGCUUUGUCAGUUUUUCAAAUCGCCAGUGCUGUCAAGGAAGCUGAAAAUAAUAACCGCCGUCCUAAUAAUAAUAAUAAUAAUAAUAAAAAUAAUAAUAAUAAUAAUAAUUCAAUUAAAAAGCCUGGCACGUAUGUUGGUUUUGAAUCUCGUGGAACUUGCUUGACAGGGGUGCAGCGCUUAAUUGGUCUGUACUGAAGCUCUCUCGAGGGACCCCUUUUUCCUUUGUGCACUGGUACGCUAGAGUCGCUCAGAGAGAAGACAAGCUGGUCAGAUUCUGCAGUUCUCCACAAAAGCGAUGUUUACAUUAUUGUGACACAGGAAAACCCCGAAUGAAAAGUCGACCUCCGCUGCUGUGUUGGUACUGCAGCCAGCUUUGUUAAAGGACUUACUGGGCGCAGUUACAACAGAGCUUGCAAUUGUUUCCCCGCUGCAGUAAUAAUAAUAGUUAUAAUACAUCCUUUUGUUUUAAAUCAUUUUCCUGAGGGCAUAUGACAAAUCAAUGCUUUCUUAAGUAAAAUAAAAAGUUACACCUAUUACCGCUCACAAACCGUACCUCCUUUCGUUAGUAAGACAAGGGGAGGAGGGUCGACAUUCUAAGCUGACAGAAACAACCGCCUAUUCCCUGCCGCGUGGAAGUGCACUGACGGGACGGGCUCUGCCGUGGAAGGAUGGGGGUCUCGCAGAGGAGCCGGACAGUGAUGACGGGCUGGGAUCUGAAGCUUGUUAUUCUCCUGGUUCUAGUCUGCAGUACUAGGACUGCAUCGACUGAAGAGGACAGAUUCAGCGCAGAGUCAUGGCUGCGGAUGUAUGGCUACCUCCCCCAGGCCAGCAAGCAGAUGUCCACCAUGCGGUCAGCGCAGAUCUUGUCCAAUGCCAUCGCAGACAUGCAGCGAUUUUAUGGGCUGACGGUGACUGGAGAGAUGGACGACAAAACACAAACUUCAAUGAAGAGGCCCCGGUGUGGCGUCCCUGACAAGUUCGGAGGUCAAAUCAAAGCAAACGUACGCAGGAAGCGCUUUGCUCUGACGGGACACAAGUGGAAUAAGAUCCUGCUGUCCUUUAGUAUCCAGAACUACACCCCCAAGAUCGGCGAGUAUGAGUCGUACCAGGCGAUCCGCCAGGCGUUCAAGGUGUGGGAGAGCGUGACGCCGCUGCGCUUCGAGGAGAUCCCCUACCACGAGGUCAAGUACAGCCGCCGCAAGGAGCCUGACAUCAUGAUCUUCUUCGCCUCGGGUUUCCACGGCGACAGCUCCCCCUUCGAUGGCGAGGGGGGCUUCCUGGCCCACGCCUACUUCCCCGGGCCCGGGAUGGGGGGCGACACCCACUUCGAUUCAGACGAGCCCUGGACCAUCGGCAACACUGACCUCAGCGGCAAUGACUUGUUCCUGGUGGCUGUCCACGAAUUGGGUCAUGCCCUCGGGCUGGAGCAUUCCAGCAACCCUUCUGCCAUCAUGGCCCCUUUCUACCAGUGGAUGGACACAGAGAACUUUAAACUGCCAGAGGACGACCGCAGAGGAGUCCAGCAGAUCUACGGGCCACCGGACAGUGACCCCAAGCCCACUAAAACCCUGCCCACUGUCACCCCUCGCCGGCCCUCCAAACCUGAACCCAAACCGCCACAGCCGCCCAGAACCCCACCCGGAGGCAAACCAGACAAACCCAGGAACCCCGAUCUGGACAGACCACGCACCACUGACCAGCCAGACCUCUACGGACCCAAUAUAUGUGACGGGAAUUUUGACGUGGUCACAGUCCUGCGAGGGGAAAUGUUCGUCUUCAAGGGGAGCUGGUUCUGGAGGGUACGACACAACCGGGUGCUGGACAAUUACCCCAUGCCUAUCGGUCACUUCUGGAGGGGGCUUCCUGGGGACAUCGAUGCAGCUUACGAGAGGCAUGAUGGGAAAUUCGUCUUUUUCAAAGGCAGUCAUUUCUGGCUGUUUCGGGAGGCUAACCUGGAACCAGGAUACCCCCAGGAGCUGGUGGAGUACGGACAGGGCAUCCCCUACGACAAGAUCGAAACAGCCAUUUGGUGGGAACCCACGGGGUUCACUUACUUCUUCAACGGAGACAGGUACUGGCGGUUCAACGAGGAAUUGCGCGCCGUCGACAAGGAUUACCCGAAGCCGAUCAGCGUGUGGGGGGGCAUCCCUUCCUCUCCCAAGGGAGCCUUCCUGAGUGACGACGGAGCCUAUACCUAUUUCUACAAAGGCACCAAGUACUGGAAGUUCGAUAACCAGAGGAUGAAGAACGAGCCAGGCUAUCCCAAAUCCAUCCUGCGGGAUUUCAUGGGCUGCCAUGAUGACCUGGACCGGGAUAAGGACGUGGGCCCUAAGUGGCCCGAUGUAGACCGCACACCGUUUAACCCUGAUGCUGGCACAGAUGGCAAUGACGACACAAAUGACGUCGAUUACAAAGAUGAGGACAAAACUGACAACGACGUGGACAUUGUGCUCAAAAUCGACGAAUACACGCGUACCAUGAACAUCGUCAUGGUGAUUGUGCCUUUAAUCCUGCUGCUGUGCAUUCUGGGAUUGAUUUACAUCAUCAUCCAGAUGCAGAGGAAAGGGGCGCCCCGUCUUCUGGUCCACUGCAAACGGUCUCUGCAGGAGUGGGUUUGACCUUUCACCUUUGACACUUUCCCCAACCCUCCCCGCCCCUCCUGACCCAACACGCCCUUCCCAUGGUGCUACCAAAUCUGUAGAUUGAUAUCAAAAAGUUUGCACAUCGAGUUUUGAACAAGGACGUUUUUUUGGAAUUCUUUUUCCUUUUAUUUCUAUAUGAUCUGCAGUAUGCCUUCGCUUUGUGCAACACUGUCGUCUUGGAAACGAGAAUGGAGAGACUCGCCCUUUUAACAGAUUGGAUUUGAUUACAUUUAAACAAAGGUCAGAGCAAGCAUUAUGCAUUGAUAAAUUUGCGCACUGGACACAUGCAGUACAUGCUUUUCAGAUGAUGUUACACCCAAUGCCUUUUUACUUCGGAGCAGCUGGACACAAGAAAGAAUAUGCAGUGUCUGAACCAGAAGAAUCUGGAAUUGGAAGCAACUCCUUACUGCUAAAGACUGGUGUACCAGUCAGCAACCACAUUUCACCCCUGGAAAGCAGGGUUAGGGGGAUAAAUGGAGGGGGGGGGGGGGUGCAAGGUAGGGCAAUGGACUACAGCACUGGUUCUUCUUGUGCUAAAAAUGUAAGUGAGAGAUAGCUUCCAAAAUUAGAAACCAACCCUCACACAAGCCAAAUAUAAGUUAGAUUUUGAAGACAAGCACCGCAGAUGCCAUCCCAGGACAAGGACUUAACUGUCUAGUGUCUGUUCUGAUUCCUUUUCAGUUCUUUUUUUCUCAACUGGUUUUUUAUGUAGUGUUGAUGAUACCAUUUUUUUCCUUUCAGACAUUAUAAAGGCAAGCUGAUUCCGAGGUUGUGAGGUGCCAUAGAAACAAAAAAAACAACCUUAUCUGAUGAGUGUGUGGAAUGGCUGACAGUCCGUUAAGAUUGACCAGGCCUGAUGCCUGGGCCCCACUGAUGCAACAGUAGAUAAUGAUUUGUGUGCAAGAAGAAGCUGCUACAGACUGCCAGGCAGGGCUAUUACUUAAUUAAUCUGUAUGCGCUGAAGGGCAAAGGGCUUGGAGCAAAGAACGAAAAAGGGAAAAGGCUUUAAUCUUGUGAGGUCCUGGUAUUGAGCCAGAGGUAUUGCAUUUUCUAACUCUCUCAGCUAGCUGGCUAUAGAAUUCAGGUACAUACUUCUGAAUGGUGUGGUCGUCUACACUGCUAAUAGUCUGUAUUGUAAGAUCCUUGUCCUGAGCUCUGAAUUGAAUUCGCUGGCUCGGGUAUUCCGGUUGGCUGUUCUGCAGGCUGCAGGACACACCGGUACUGUACAGUGCUCUCUUUGUUUUAUCCAGCGGAAGCAGGAUUCCAGUGCAUUAUUCUCUUAAUUAAGUUUACUGGCUCGUCAGAUCUCUGCACGGUUUCUCAGUCAUGGCUCAAAGCUCACAGCUUCACAGUGCAGUGAUCUUGGAGAGUUGUUUUUUUGAGGUCCAAUUCGGCUGCACUCUAGAGAAUGGAGUGUUUUAGUUCUUCUGAAUGCAAGGCAGAUAAAAAUAAAAGAAGCCCUGUAUCUUCUACCUAGGCUGAUAAAUCAGUAGACCUGAUACAGAGUAAAAGAUUGGUUGUGGUUUACAGAGGCCGAACAAUAAAUUAUUUAGAAGUGGGGCUUUUUAGAAAUCCAUUUGAUUUAUCCAAUAAUAUAAUCGCUUUUCAGCCAAACUGUAAAGGUUUAAGUGGGGAAAGUGAUCAAUGCUUUUUAAAUAUUGACCAAGAAGAAGGAUAGCAGGCCGGUACUUACCUUUGCCAUCUUAUGAUGGAUUUGUUCGAUCCAGUUGCUUGGCAACAGGCUCCCAUCUCCUCUCCUUACUAGUCCCAGAGAGGGCUGGAAUCGGGCUCAUUAGAGUUAAAAGCCCUUCCGUUGUCUGAUAGCUAGAUGAAUGAUCUCAGCGCCUAUAGGAAAGGCAGAAGAAUAUUGUGUCAUGAAUGGUCUUGGGAGGCUCCAGUUUGGCUGUUUCUGUGUGAUUGGGUACAGUAUAUGUGAAAAUGUGUGCAGAAGUGUAUCUGCUUGAAUGUAUGUCUGCUGUUCAAUCUUUUUAAUCAAAUUCUUCAUACAUCACAGAGCCUGUUUUAAAUAGACGGAUGCUAAGGAGAGUAAAUUGUUAAACUCACAUUUCAAGUAUUUUAGUUGUAGCUGCUUGUAUACAAAGGAAAUCAGACCUACUGUACACAGUAGGUGUAGCCUUUUUGAGUAUUCUGUGCCAGUAGCCAUGGUUCUGAGCUGGUUUCCCCCCCAGUUCCUCCCUGCUCCCAUGGAUACACAAAGCCUCUGCUCCUGAGGGACACCUACAGUAACUCUCAUACAAUACGUUUUGUCCAUUUUAUUGCUGUAGUGCAGGAAGAGAAGCAGGGAAUUUUCCCAAGGGCUGGGCAGGCCAGUCACUCGCAGGGAGAGGGGUCCCACCCAGAAAGCGCUCCUUCUCAGCCUUUGCUGGCUGACAAAGCUGAGGGGAGAGCCGUGUACACAGUGCUCCUGUAGCAUCAAAACUGAAGAGGGUACGUCGCCUACAGAGAGAAAACUCAAAGGGCUGGAUAUUAAACGGAUCCAAAAAAUGUUGGGCAGGAUUUAUUUUUAUUCCUUAAUGAGUUUACACUGGAACAUCUAGUAAGCCUGGACAGGUGCUGAUAGUUGUGAAGAUCAGCUUGUCUAUUCUCGUCUGCAGUGUAGUCCCUAGCUGUGCCAAGCCCCUCAGAUGCCCUUCGCUUGUGCCUAUCUUGUGUUUGCCCCCGAGCCUGGUUUUGGAUACUAGUUAUUGCAGACAUUCUGGAAUUUCACACUUGCACAUCGUUGUCUGAUUGAGUCUAUCAGCUUGCAGCUGCCCCAGAAGCCUUUAUCAAACAGUUCCUCAUCUACCCCCAGGUUUGCUUCUUAUAUCAUAGUCGAGGUGACCUCUAGAAACACACUGUAAAUCAUCUUUAGUGAUAAAUCAUCUAGUGAAAAGCAGAGGAUAUGUAUGUUGUUUUACCAAAUUUUUGCCAGUUGAUUUUUCUCAGUGCGCGAGUAUGACACUCAACGCUUUCAUUAUGGCAAAUUAAGGUGUACUGGAAUGUAUGUGGACCUGGCAGGGUUUUUUCUCUGGGAUUUAUAUAAGAAUUAAAUGGAAUAAUUUCUCCCAGCGUGGUGUCAGCGAGGGUUAAUGAAGCUAACCUGUAGCACAGCUGUCCUUGACAAAAGUGUCCUGUUGAUGAAACACUUUGCAGAGUCCCUCAGUGGAAAUCCCUGCUGUCUGUCCAGAACAACCGAACAGCAAAGAAACGUGCUCUCUGUAGAGCCAACAGAAGCCACGCUACCACUUCGAUUCCUGUGCUGUGUGUUUAAGUCCUCAUUCAGGGAGGCAAGUAACAAACGACUGGCCUGCUAAUAGAACUGUGGAUCACUACUCAGAGCCUAAACCUAAACGCUAUUAAAAAAGAUAGACAUACGAUUUAUAAAUAACUUCCUUCAAACCAAGGAAUCUGUAGAUGGAUAGGCUUAAAAAUAUCCUGGUCAGUCUUAAUCUUGUUCUGUAAAAAAAAAAAAAAAAAAAAUCUUCCUUUUUUACUUUUUUUUUUUUUAUAUAUAUAUUUGGUUUUAUUGUGUGAAGUGUAAAUAUGUGUUCUGCUUUUCUUUUUGUUUUUUUUGUCAAUAACAUUCCGUUUCUGCCUUAGUUCCACAGACGAGUACACAGACGAUUUUAUACAUGUGUUUUGUGUGUUCACUUCCUGUUGUGUGUUUAAUGGUCCAUGCUGGACAUGUGUAACUAUUACACAAUAAAUGCUAUAAAAACAAAA